GUGCAGCGAGAAGCCUCUGAAAAGUGUGUCCAACAUGGCGUCGGAGCGCAAGACUAAGUUAUCCAAGAACCUGCUGCGCAUGAAGUUCAUGCAAAGGGGCCUGGACUCAGAAACCAAGAAACAGCUGGAAGAGGAGGAACGGAAGAUGAUCAGCGACGAGCACUGGUACCUGGAUUUACCAGAGCUGAAGGAGAAAGAGAGCUUCAUCAUAGAAGAGCAGAGCUUCUCUCUGUGUGAGGAUCUUCUCUACGGAAGGAUGUCAUUCAGAGGGUUUAAUCCUGAAGUUGAGAAGUUAAUGCUUCAGAUGAAUUCUAAGAACAGAGCAGCAGCAGCAGCAGAAGAUGAGACGGCAGAGGUCGAUGUGUCGGAUGAAGAAAUGGCAAGAAGAUAUGAGACUUUGGUGGGAACAAUUGGAAAAAAGUUUGCCAAGAAAAGGGACCGAGCCAAUUACGAAGAAGAUGAAAAUGGAAAUAUAAAAGCCAUUAAAACUAAGAAGAUGUUCUUAAAGCCCCAAGACUAAAAUGGAUGCCUCGGAUACAGUGGAUGCCUGUGAGCACAGCAUGGUCUGAGCUCAUCUUCCUGUCAUCUGUGCUGGUUAAAACACUGUUUCCUUCUAAAGAAAUGCAUUAUUUUGGAAAUGUGCUGUUCUUGAGACAGAUGUGGAAUGGAUGUUAUACAUCCUUUUUACGGCAUUCUUCGGGGGCUUCAAAUACAUGGGCACGGGCCGCUCCCAUUUUUGACCUGAUUCUGUGUGUAUGUACACACAGACAGGGCGCAUACACACUGCUCUCCAGUUACUGUCCAGGAUUGACUAUUGUAAACUAAUCGUUGCCUUUGUUUAAUUGCCCUUAUAUUUAUUAUAUUUUACUCUUUGAAUCAUGUCAAGCCAGUUCAUAUGUUCACUUUGGUUUCAAAUACUUGAGAAAUUUCAGAAGUGAUUUAUUAGGAACAGACAUGGCUUUACAGCCUAGAGUAUUUGCAUGCUCUCAGGCCUUCGUCAUAUAGAGCAGUGUGGGGUUUGUGUAUUUUCCAACAGUCAUCUUGGUCAUUUUCCUAAUGUUCUAUAAUAAAUAUGUUUUCAUGUA